GGAAAUAGACUUUAUAGGUCUCAAAUUGGAGUUUUAGGCUUUCAAGAACACAUGGCUUCAAGAACUGCAUCCAAAGACAUCAUCACUCUUCGGGGAUCAGCCGCCAUUGUCAGCGAAUUCUUCGGGUAUUCUCAGCCAUUUUCCACUUCUAGGGUUUGUUCUUUCUUCGAAUUUUACCUAAAUCCUGACUGGGUUUUCUCUGUUAUUGUUGAUCCAUCGCUCAUUUCCAGGUUAUGCAGCAAAUCGCAUUUUAUACAAUCGCGGAGUGUAUCCGGAAGAGAGUUUUGCAAAGGUGAAGAAGUAUGGGCUUCCAAUGUUGCUCACUCAAGGUGAAGGUGUCAAAGCCUUCAUUUCCAACUUAACUGCCCAGCUUUCUGAGUGGUUGGAAGCUGGGAAACUACAAAGGACUGUUCUUGUGAUCAUGAGUAAGGCCACUGGUGAGGUGUUGAAGAGGUGGAAUUUCAGCACUGUGACAGACAGUGGGGUUGUUGAGAAAGGCGUUCCAAGGGAGACAAGCGACAAAGAAAUCAUGCGCGAAAUUCAGGCCAUCAUGAGACAAAUAGCUUCCAGCUUCACAUAUCUCCCAUGCCUUGAGGAGCCAUGCGUGUUCGAUGUGCUGGCCUACGCGGACAUGGACGUUGCUGUGCCAUUUACAUGGAUAGAGAGUGACCCGAAGCUCAUAGAAAAUCCAGAGAUGGUCAAGUUGCAUUCCUUUGACACCCAGAUCCAUAAGAUUGACACUCUCUAGAGUCUUACAAGAAUGAUGAGUGGGAUGAGGCUUGAAGAGAAAAAGCAACAACAGCCUUUCGGAGUUUUUGGUCUCAUUUGUUGUACAUCAAACCAAGUCUUGUUUUUGUUUUGCCCUGCCCUAUUUGUUUCAAAUCAUGUGAAUUUAUCAAUUCACAGUUGGCUCUUUUGUACUAUUA